CUUAAAUGUUUUUCUUUUUUAUGUGUUUUGAAUACUAUUUGUUGUGCUAGGUUUUGGUUGAAUAUAAGUGCUAUAAAAGAUAACUAAAUUCUGAUAUGUCCCAGAAAAGUAUAACUUCGUUUUUUACCCGUAUUCCUAAAGAAAAUUUGGAUAGUUCUAAACAAAACGGGGUCAAUUUAUCGGAUUCGAGAGAAAGAAAACGAAUCAGAACGUUAAGUAGUGAUGAUUCAAAUGAGGAUAUAUCUUCAAAAUCUAACGAUGAAGUAAAGAGAGAGAGCACCAGUGGUAAAACGGCUAUUGGUACAAUAAAAUUGCCCGAGAAUAGCUUAAAGAGAAGAAGUGGAAAAAGAUCACGUAUUUUAAGCAGCGAUGAGUCCGAUGAUGAUGUUUCUAGUUCCAAGCAAUUGAAUUUAAAGGACGAAUGUGUUAAAUCAGAAGUUCAAUCUCCACAGAAGAGAGAUACCAAUAAACAGGUAGAAGAUGUAAGUCAGGAUGAAAUAAAAAAAGAAAUAGAAAGGCAGGAUGAUGCAGCGAGAGAAGAUUAUCAAGAUGUUGAUAAAAAUGAAAUAAAAUCACCCGAUAAGCCAAAGAUAAAUAAUUUAAUAUUUGGAAAACAGAAAACCAGUGAUGAUAAAAAGAAGAGCACUUCAAAUGUAUACAAUCCCAAUCAAGUUAAUUAUGAUCCAAUUAAACAUGCGUCUUGGAAAUAUAAGGAAAGAGUUCCAUAUAGCGCUUUGGCUAGAACAUUGGAAGAAAUAGAAGAUGUUUCAGCAAGAUUAAAGAUUAUUGAAAUAUUGAGUAACUAUUUUAGAUCUGUAAUAGUUUUAACUCCUGAAGAUUUAUUACCUAGUGUAUAUUUGUGUUUGAAUAAACUAGCCCCUGCAUAUGAAGGUCUGGAAUUGGGGGUAGCUGAAACCAGUUUAAUGAAAGCCAUAGCGCAGUCUACUGGCAGAAGUAUGGCUCAAAUUAAAGUGGAUGCGAAAGAAGUGGGGGAUCUGGGAAUUGUCGCUGAAAAAUCUAAGUCUAACCAAAAAAUGUUAUUUAAACCAGCGAGACUCAUGGUAAAGGGAGUAUUUGAUAAAUUAAAAGACAUCGCAAAAAUGACUGGUCAGUCGUCGCAAACCAAAAAAAUUGAGAAGAUCCAGUCGAUGUUUGUCGCUUGCCAGGAUUCCGAAGCUAGGUUCUUAAUUCGUUCUUUGGCAGGAAAAUUGAGGAUAGGCCUUGCGGAACAAUCAGUGUUGCAAGCGUUAGCUCUGGCUUGUGCCAUGACUCCUCCCGGUCAAGAAUAUCCCCCUAAAGAACUUAAUGUGGCUAAGAAAAUGUCUGCGGAAUCAUUUAAAACGGAAUAUGACAGUUUGGCACUAAUAUUAAAAACAGCUUAUUGUGAGUGUCCAAGUUACGAUAAAAUAAUACCAGUUCUAUUACAACAAGGAAUAAAAAAAUUACCCGAAUUUUGCAAAUUGACACCAGGAAUUCCUUUAAAACCGAUGCUAGCUCAUCCCACGAAAGGUAUACAAGAAGUUCUGCAACGAUUCGAAGGGCAUAAAUUUACGUGUGAAUGGAAAUAUGAUGGUGAACGAGCGCAAAUCCAUAUAAAUGGAAAGGCUGUGCAUAUUUUUAGUAGAAACCAAGAAAAUAAUACAACAAAAUAUCCGGAUGUUAUUUCUAGACUUGACAAAUGUACGUCAGAUGAAGUGAAAUCAUGUAUAUUGGACUGUGAAGCUGUAGCUUGGGACAGGGAAAAGAGUCAAAUUUUACCUUUUCAGAUUCUAAGUACCAGAAAGCGAAAGGAAGGCCAAGAAGACAUCGAAGAUGAGGCGGCGAGAUCUAGUCGAAUAUGA